UUAAACUUGGGUUUGGCCGUUAGGCCCUGGUUUUGUGUUUCAUAGGUUACACCUGCAGAAAAUAUUGUUGCAGCAUUCCAAGGCAGUAAAAAAACUGUAUUUGCAAUCUCAAAAACUCCCUCUGAAGCCCAAAUUUUUCUUGAGGCCUUAGAGCAAGGCCUGGGUGGAGUUGUACUGAAAGUUGAGGAUGAUGAAGCUGUUCUUGAGCUAAAGGAAUAUUUUGACAGAAGGAAUGAAGUAAGCAAUCUCCUGAGCUUGACCAAAGCCAAUGUAACUCAAGUCGAUGUAAUAGGAAUGGGUGAUCGAGUUUGCGUGGAUCUUUGUAGCCUCAUGAGACCUGGUGAAGGACUUCGAGUUGGGUCCUUUGCUAGGGGACUUUUCCUUGUCCACUCUGAAUGCUUGGAGUCAAACUACAUUGCCAGCAGGCCUUUUCGAAUCAAUGCUGGACCUGUGCAUGCCUACGUGCUUGUUCCUGGAGGAAAAACUUGCUACCUUUCAGAGUUAAAAUCUGGCAAAGAAGUGAUCGUGGUUGAUCAGAAAGGCCAGCAGCGAACAGCAAUUGUUGGUCGUGUGAAGAUAGAGUCUAGACCUCUUAUCCUUGUAGAGGCAAAGGGAUCAGAUCAUCAAACUCAUUACAGCAUAAUUCUACAGAAUGCGGAAACAGUCGCCUUAAUUGCUCCCUUCCAAGAAAAUGGAGGAAAGAAAACUACUAUACCCGUGACCUCACUAAAGGUGGGGGACGAAGUUUUGCUGAGAGUACAAGGCGGUGCAUGACAUACAAGAAUAGAAAUUCCAGAAUUCAUUGUUGAGAAUUAAAGAAGCAUGAUGACAUAUUCCUGCUGAAUUUGUUCAUGACUGUAGCUGUUAUAAUGUCAAUAAGUAAUAUCUGUCCUGCUGAAAGUCUUGCAUCUGCAUCUAAUGACAAACAGAUAUUAAAUUUAUCAUGCAGUGCUAAACGUUAUUUCUCCA